AUGUUACUUUUGCUUGAAUUGGUUUUUCUCAUCAUAAAUAUUUCGAAAGGAGAGAAUGAUUAUCUACACCUGCGAGUGAUAGACCCAUCGACAUUGCCAUUUACAUAUCGUUUAAGUCCCGGCCAAAUAGGACCUCAUUUUAACACGACAUUUACAUCUACUUUAUUAGUGGUGACGGAACCUCCUCACGCUUGUGAAUUAGUGAGUAAUGCCCAUGAAGUUAACCGGAAUAUUGCCCUCAUAAUUCGUGGAGGGUGUAGUUUUGUUACCAAAGCUAUCAAUGCUCACGUUGCCGGUGCAGUUGCUGUGAUCGUUUAUGAUUUUAACCGCAAGGCUAUUCAAACGUUUAGCAUGAUUCAGGAUGAUACUUCCAGAAGAGUGCAAAUACCAUGUGCGUUUAUGAAUGGGAAAGAUGGGCAUUCAAUAACCACUGCUUUAGAUAAUUUAAAUUUAACAAAAGCAGUAGUCGAUUUUCCUAUUAAUGUAACUACAGUCCCAAUAUAUCAGUUGCGUUUAACUCCAUGGACAUUAUGGUGA